AUUGUCUACAAAAUGGUUUAUUUACUUUUGAGUUCUGACUUUUUCAAAAAUUUCUGCAAAUAAAACAAAAUCAUAGAAAAACGUCACGGAAUUACGUACGCAGGUAGAGUUAGCUGGCCAGGCCGAGUAGUUACCAGCAAUCGGAUCUUGCAAGUUUUUAAUUUCGUUCUAGUCUUACAUAAAAAAAGGAAUUCUUAUUUAGUUAAUAAUCAGAGCAAUAAGCGCGAGUUAUUUAGAAGAAUAAAUAUUUUUAACCCUUUACGGCCGGCUGCAUAAGCCAUUAAGCCAUGUGAAAAGAAGUUCUCACUUGUGAACGCGUGUAAAACUAUAAAAAGUUCACACAUAACAAUGCAUUUGAUGUUGCAACUGCAGACCUCAGCGUCGUGAAACCGACAAAAUUUCCCGAUGGGUUGUAUGUGAAGUAAAAUGAUUAUUUUGGUUAAAUUAUUUUGUUUUAUUUGAGAUUGAUCACAAAGCUUCUGAAUGAUUGAUGAUUUAUUCAGCAUUGGCCCAUGCACCGUAACGGGCGCAUUUCUAUGUUUUCUUGGCACAUUUGGCAAUGGUUUGUGUAUUCUAGUAUUUUUAAGAAAAAAAUUCCGCCAUAAUAUAACUACACCGUUUUUUAUCACUCUUCUACUAGCCGACUGUUGCUAUUUAUAUUUUCGUGUCAUUAAACUAUUUUAUUAUCAACAAACUUUGUUUGAGAAAAUCGUUCAUAAUUCAUGUGAAAACAAUAUUAUUAUCAACUUAUACAAUAUAUUAACACAAAAAUUUCCUGAGAUAUUCAUUCCAUUUGUUCAUUUUGAAUUUUAUAUGCGUUUUUCAUUGAUUUUAAUGUCAUUUAUCUCUGUUCAACGAGCAUUCUAUAUUUCUAAAUCGAUCACAAAGCAAUCGAUCCCACCUUUUGUUGAUAAACGACGUUGGUCAUACAUUUUUAUUGUCAUUGCAUUUGUAUUAGCUUAUGGUUUCGAAUUUUUUGGUUUAACUUUAUUUUGUUCCGAAUCAAAUAAUCGUGAUGUUUCUUAUCAAUGGUUCGUAUACACUGUUCAGCAUUUACCUACAAAUUCAUUAGAACUGUUAACCAAUGCAAUAGAGAAUAGGACGAAUGAUUGGGACUGUGUACAACAAUAUGUUCAUUAUAUAAAAGCAAAUUUUACGAAGACGGUAGAACAUUAUUGCCCAGAAGAACAAAUAAUGGAAAUCUUAGGUCGAUAUUUUGAUUCACAUGACCGAUUUAUUGUUCGUUUAAUUCAACAAAUUCAACGUCAUUCAUUUGGUUUUACAUUGAGUCGAAAUGAAAUUCGUGUCAAAUACCAUUAUCACGCAUGUAUAUUCAAACAAAAUCCAAAUCAGUUCUCAAAAUUAUACAAUUUCAUCUAUGGAAAGAUGAUCGGGUUCAAUCGAUAUACAUUGAUACUAAGCGAUAUCAAAGCAGACCGGUGUCAAAGUAACCGGAAAAAACGAUGA